UGAUGGAAUUACAUCAUGCGGCGCUGCUGGGCUUCUCAGUGCUUGAAGUUAUGGCUUCUCAACCUGUUUAGUCAGCUUUAAUUUGUUUAAUUAACUGUAAUUAAAUCACCAUUGUCUAAAUGUGGUUAGUGUUCAUGCAUAAGGUGAUUGUGCAGUUAGUGGGGGUCCUGGGUGAACUCUAGUGCAUUGCUAAAUGUUAAUUUUAGAAGAAGACCAGCUGCAGCUGCUCCUGUCCCUCUUCAGAUAAAUGUAUCCGCUCUUACUGGACAGCAGCAGAUAUGAGAUGAGACGUAGAGGAUCAAAUUAUAUCAUAGAGAGAGAUCCACGAUGAGUCUAUCUGAUGGAUGAUAGCCGUGAAACACCCUCCAUCAAAGAACUGGAGAAAAUACUGUUCGGAGGGAAGAGGAGCGGAAAUCAUGUGGAUGAAGUUUGGCCCAACCUUUUCCUGGGUGAUAUGUGUGUGGCCAACGAUCGCUUCAGUGUGUGGAAGCUGGGCAUCACUCGUGUCCUGAACGCCGCUCACGGGACGAUGCACUGCCAGGGGAGCCACCAGUUUUACGGCUCAACAGUCGAGUAUUACGGCGUCCCCGCGGACGAUUCACCAUCCUUUAACUUGUCCGUCUAUUUUCACCCCUGCGCUGAUUAUAUAAAGCAGGCUCUCAGUUCUCCAGGAGAGCGUGUUCUGGUUCACUGUGCGGUCGGUGUGAGUCGCUCGGCGUCUCUGGUUCUGGCUUAUCUCAUGAUACACCAGCGUCUUUCUCUACUGGAGGCGGUUCAAACAGUCAAAGAGCACCGCUGGAUCUUCCCGAACCGAGGCUUUCUCAGACAGCUGCGGGCUCUGGAUGCGACUCUACGCUGAUCUGAAUCCUGCAUAGAAACCCUAAUAACAUCCCAGCAGCUCCAGCCGGGGAGAAAAGGGUCAUCGCUUUUAAUGAAACCAUAGAUGAUCCACUUUGGGCUCCCUAAAGAUCCUUUCAGCGAGCAGUUCUUAAUGCAAACAUUUUUAGUGUCAAUAUUUUAAUAAACUAAAGAACAUAUUUCCACUAAAGAGCGGUGGAUGUGGAAGGUUAUCUAUGGAACCAUCAGCUGAAAUAAAGUACCUUUGUUUUAAAAAG